AUGCCCAUCCUGUCUGAUUCAUUGCUGUUUCAAUUCAUUCCAGAUAUGGGGAACACUGCAUCUGUGCAAACUGAGGCUUCAGAUUCAGCGCACCAACCUGCCACAACAGCUUCUGCACCUGAGACAAAGCCGAAAAAGAAGAUCUGUUGCGCUUGCCCAGAUACAAAGAAGCUGAGAGACGACUGCAUCGUGCAGAAUGGUGAGGAUGCCUGCGGAAAGUUCAUCGAAGCCCACCUGCAAUGCCUGAGAGCGGAAGGGUUCAGCGUCUGA